UCCCAAAUAGGAAAACGCUCAAAACCCCUAAUGGUGGUGGCCUUGCGUCUGGGAAGCAGUCGACUCUUGAUAUGUUUAUGGGAUUUCCGCCUAAGGCUAAGAAUGCCGAAACCGAACCCCACAAUCCAAACGGCGUUGGAGUCAGAAAAGAGGAGUUUGGUAAUGAGGGGGAUGACAGGGUUUGCUUCGUUCCACUUGAUUUGGAGGCAGCCAAAACUUGGAUUUAUCCAGCAAAUCUUCCCCGUCGGGAUUAUCAAUUCGAAAUCACGAGGACUGCACUAUAUUCCAAUACCUUAGUGGCGUUACCUACUGGGCUUGGAAAAACAUUCAUCGCUGCCGUUGUAAUGUAUAAUUAUUUUAGGUGGUUUCCAGAAGGAAAAAUAGUUUUUGCAGCUCCUUCUAAGCCCCUAGUUUUGCAACAGAUUGAAGCAUGCCAUAACAUUGUAGAUAUACCACAGGAGUGUGCGAUUGAUCUUACUGGUCAAACAAGUCCUAUUAGAAGAGCUAGCUUUUGGAAAGAAAAACGAGUUUUCUUUGUCACUCCACAAGUGCUGGAGAGGGACAUCCUUUCUGGUAUAUGCAUGGUGAAACAUCUAGUCUGCUUGGUGAUUGAUGAGGCUCAUCGUGCUACGGGGAAUUAUUCUUAUUGUGUAGUGGUUCGCCAGGUUUGUGUUGACUUUCUUUUCUAUACAAAACACAAACUCUCGCUAUCUCUCAAGCAUUUGCACACACAAAUGUGCGCUUGUUUGAGAAGAAAUUAUGAGGAAGUGAGUUGCAGAAAGAGAAAAGGGUAGGAAAUAUAGAAAAUUUAAUUGCUCGGUUGGAAAUAAUUUUGAAAAGGAAAUGGAAAGGAAGUGGGAACAGAGUGAAAAAUUCUCCCCCCAUUUAUGGAGCGAAAUGGUGGGGAAAUUUUAUUUUUAAGUAUGCAUUCUUUCACACCCUUUCCUCAUACCUUUUUUUGCACUUGGCCGCAUCUACCUUGUGCUGUGCCGCCUCGCGUUCAGCCAUCUCCAAUAAUAAAUUUAAAAUAAAUAUAAAUAUUUUCAAUGAUAUUUACUUUAUUUAAUAUUUUUAAUUGUAAUAAAUUUGUUACUACAUA